AUGAGUAAUGAGGGAAGAGAUGAGGGCUCGAAGUCCACCUCCUCAUUGGCUAUUUAUGUCUUGGGAUGAAAAAAAGGCUUAUAUACCUGCAUAAAGGAACUUCUUGGUCUUUGAUCAUUGAGAGAAUCACUGAUCUACUAUUUUUUGGUCAAAUGCUAGCCCAAUCAAUGAAUUUACAUCCUUAAGCCCCCAUCCUUACCUCUCCUCAAAAGAAGAAGGGAAGCCAGAUAGUAGAGGGAAAGUUCCAGGCACGAGGAACUAGGCAUGAAGGGUGUUAGAGGUGAUUUAUAUUGGGAUUGAGGGGCUUGACAUUUAGAAAGUCUUCAUAGGUAUGAAUUCACCUUUGGGAGCUCCAGCCAUAGGACCACCGACUCCUUUCUGGACAAAGGGAGCCACUUGCCUAAAAACAGCUGCUAUGUCACAUUUCAUGUGAUUUUGUUUCUUGUUCCAGUCUCCAGGGUCCUGGCCUUUGCUUGAGGCUCUGAGGUCCCUUGUGCCAUGUCUAAGCAAAACCGAGAUGUGGAGUUAGAUCGCCUGGUCCAAGACAAGCCGCUUAGCCACAGGAACCCCAAUGCUGCUUCCCAAAACAUAGCCGAGCAUCUCCCUAAUGUGCCGAGCUACCGAUACCCCACCACCCGCAUCCCUGUCCUCAUCAACAGGAGGACGGGGGUGUCGAAGCCCAGUUUCGUGAAGGAGGCAAAGAGCUCAGUCCGCCGCUUAGUGCCUGCCACAAGAGAACACCCAGCUGUGAAAGUUGAAGAUGCUGAUGCUGAGAGUGUGCCCCUCCAGGUGGAAGAAAAGCCCCCAAGUCCAGUGUUGCUGCCACCCUCCCCAGCCAAAUCAGAAACCCUCACAGUUCCUGGCCAGGCUUCAGCCACCACCAGGAAGAAGCUGCCCUCCCAGGAUGAUGAGGUGGAAGAGCUCAAGGCCCUGUCGCCAGCACAGUCACCCGUGGUGGCCUGGUCUGCUCCAUCCAGUCCUCAGGGACAAGAGGCUGCUGACCGUGCUGAGUCCACAGCUAGCCAGAAUAGUGCCGUCAUCAAUGACCGUCUCCAGGAGCUGGUGAAGCUCUUCAAGGAACGCACAGAGAAAGUGAAAGAGAAACUCAUCGAUCCUGAUGUCACCUCAGAUGAGGAAAGCCCCAAACCAUCCCCUGCCAAGAAAGCCCCAGAACCAACACCAGAUCCCAAAGCAGCCGAGGCUGAAACAGCUAAAGAGGAAGAACAUUACUGUGAGAUGUUGUGUUGCAAGUUCAAACGCCGCCCAUUGAAAAUGUACCGGUUCCCCCAGAGCAUCGACCCCCUCACCAAUCUGAUGUAUAUCCUUUGGCUUUUCUUCGUGGUCCUGGCCUGGAAUUGGAAUUGCUGGCUGAUUCCAGUCCGAUGGGCUUUUCCAUAUGAGACCCCUGACAAUAUCCAUCUCUGGCUAAUGAUGGACUAUCUGUGUGACUUGAUCUAUUUCUUAGAUAUCACCGUGUUUCAGAUUCGCCUGCAGUUUGUCAAAGGAGGAGACAUUAUUACAGACAAGAAGGAAAUGAGGAACAACUACCUAAAGUCUCGCCGAUUUAAGAUGGAUCUGAUUUGUCUCCUGCCCCUUGACUUGCUCUAUUUGAAAGUUGGUGUGAAUUCCCUCUUACGGUUGCCACGUUGCUUAAAGUACAUGGCUUUCUUCGAGUUUAAUAACCGGCUUGAAUCCAUUCUCAGCAAGGCAUAUGUUUACAGAGUCAUAAGAACCACAGCCUACUUGCUCUAUAGUUUACAUGUGAAUUCAUGUCUGUAUUACUGGGCAUCAGACUACCAAGGAAUUGGUUCCACUCACUGGGUUUAUGAUGGAAUAGGAAACAGUUACAUUCGAUGUUACUACUGGGCUGUCAAGACCCUGAUCACCAUUGGGGGACUGCCUGACCCUCAGACUCUCUUUGAAAUCGUAUUCCAGCUCCUGAACUACUUCACAGGGGUCUUCGCUUUCUCCGUUAUGAUAGGGCAGAUGAGAGAUGUAGUUGGGGCAGCAACUGCAGGACAAACAUAUUACAGGAGUUGCAUGGAUAGUACUGUCAAGUACAUGAAUUUCUACAAAAUCCCGAGAUCGGUUCAGAAUCGUGUGAAGACCUGGUAUGAAUAUACAUGGCAUUCUCAAGGCAUGCUGGAUGAGUCUGAAUUAAUGGUGCAGCUUCCAGACAAGAUGCGGCUGGAUCUUGCUAUUGAUGUCAACUAUGAUAUUGUCAGCAAAGUGGCUCUUUUUCAGGGCUGUGACAGGCAAAUGAUUUUUGAUAUGUUGAAGAGGCUAAGGUCUGUUGUUUACUUGCCCAACGAUUAUGUAUGCAAGAAGGGGGAAAUUGGAAGAGAAAUGUACAUUAUCCAAGCAGGACGUCAGGUACUAGGUGGACCAGAUGGCAAAGCUGUUCUCGUGACUCUGAAAGCUGGAUCUGUAUUUGGAGAGAUAAGCUUGUUGGCUGUUGGUGGGGGAAAUCGCCGGACAGCAAAUGUGGUAGCUCAUGGGUUUACCAAUCUUUAUUUGGAUAAGAAGGACUUGAAUGAAAUUUUGGUUCACUACCCAGAGUCUCAGAAGUUGCUUCGGAAGAAAGCCAGGAGGAUGCUAAGAAAUAACAACAAGCCCAAAGAACAGAAGAGUGUGCUCAUUCUUCCUCCAAAGGCUGGCACUCCUAAGCUCUUCAAUGCAGCUUUAGCUGCAGCAGGAAAGAUGGGCAAGGGAGGAGCAAAAGGUGGGAAACUUGCCCAUUUGCGAGCAAGACUGAAAGAAUUGGCUGCAUUAGAAGCAGCUGCAAAGCAACAGCAAGAGCUGGAACAGGCCAAGACUUCUGCUGCUUCAGCAGCCCCAGAUAAACCAGAGUCAGCAGCCCCAGAUAAACCAGAGUCGGCAGCUCCAGAUAAAGCAGAAUCGGCAGCUCCGGAUAAAGCAGAAUCUGUGGCUCCGGAUAAAGCAGAACCAGCAGCUCCAGAACCAUCAGUUGGACCAGAGUCAACUGCUCCAGACCCACCAGAUGCCCAUCCCCCAUCUUCAUCCUCCCCCAAGAAGUCAGAGGGAGAAGGUGAUGGGGAAAUUGUGGCUGAGUCUAAAGAUCACUCUGUCAGAAUCCGUAUAAGCCCUGACCCAGGGAGUGAUGAACAAAUUCUCUCUGUAGAAGUUCCAGAAAAGAAGGAUGAUGAGUGAAAUUCACCCUGCCUAGAAGGCCACGAAGGCCACUCAACAUCUGGUCCUCUGAGUGGUUUCCUACACUUACUCAUCUAAGCUUGACAAGCUUAAAAAAACAAAAACAAAACUUUUAAUAGCUUCUAAUUUCCAAUCGGUGGCCACAAAGUUUACCAACAAAGCUAUCCUCGAUAGGAUUUGGUUUGCCUUUUCUUUGUCCUUAGCUUACAGGGUUAGUAGUUUAGAAAUGAAGACUAUAACUUCUUUAAGAGAGGGACAACCCUAUAAGACUUCUUGGACCUCAGAAGGGAUUCUAUUGAUCUCCUUUGCUAUAUACUUUCCUAUGAAAAACUUGGCUAACAGUCUUGCCCCCAGAUUUAUUCUUUAUUGAGGGAUAGAUUCACAUUCAUUAAUCUUUUAGCAUCAGCGAUUCAUCAUCAUUCAACUCUUUUAAUAAACUAUAAGGGUCCUCUAUCCCCGAUAAGAAUUAAGGCAGCAUGAUGUUUGGAGCAUCCCCCACCUGUAUUAAUACAUUAGUCCUAGGUAUAUUUUAAAUAAUGAAAAGCAGGCGCGCGCACACACACACACACACACACACACACAAAGUCCAUUUAGCCAUAGGGAUAGAACGGAGGAUGUGACCAUAUCUAGGAAAAAGUUAAGGAUAAACAAGUGUGUCGAUUUCACACUCAGGGGAUUUCCUCCCUAUUUCAUGGAAAGACAAUUCAUACAGUACUGUUCAGUGACUUUGGGCUCACAGUGCCGUUAAGUACCCUUUUUUAACCACUACUGUAAAUUAUUUUUCUUUCUUUGACUUUAAUAAACACAGCAACUAGGCACUUAUCUUCUCAUCUAAUUAUACAGCAUGAGUCUACUCUCAUUAACCUAGAUUAGUCAACAUUGAAAUGGAACCAAUGACAGUGAUGGGUUAAUGGUUUUACCAUUUAGGACUCUGCUAUGGGAUGAGAUACAUGUUUUCCUGGGGGUGGAGGGUUCUGUUGCCUGACCUGGGCUCUACGGAUGAGAAUAGCUUCAAAUAAUAAAAACUCACAUUUAGAAGGUACUUUGAUGUAUACAGAACACUUAAAUCAGAGUAUCUGUGAGUUAGUAAAGUAUUAUUAUUUUUUUAAUAGAUUUUAUAGAUUUUUAUACAUUUUUUAAUAGAUUAGGAAACUGAGUCUUGGCAAGGCUAAACGAUUUAAGGUCACAUGAUUGGCAAGUGGUAGAACUGAGAUUUAAACUUAGAUCAUUGGUCUCCCAAGUGGGAUUUUUUUCUCCACCAGAUCAUGCAGCCUCACUAGUGUGAUGGAAAAAAAUCUCACUUGUGAUUUACAGCUUGGGAGAAAAUAACCAUUUAAAUUAAACUGAAAUUCCUUUGAGAAGGUUUUGUCACAAGUAUGAGUCAAGGAACUGAAAAGGGCGAUGGCUGAUGGCUGCCAUUGGCACAAAGACUUUGCUAAAAACAAUCUGUAUUAGAGAGUUCCUGCCCGUGUGAAUUCCUCCCCCAAAGAUGGGGUUUAUAAUCCAUUUUCAGAUUAAGGGAAAGAGAGACAGAGGAGGAGGAGAGAAAGAGGAGAGAGAUGAAAUGAGAAAGAGAGAAAAGAGAGAUGAGAGAUUGAUUUACUGCCACUAGCAGCAGACUUGAAUUGUAUCAAGUACACAGUAAUCAUAUUUGGCUUUCCAUAUACUUAGUUCUAAUUUAUUAUAGUCCAGCCCUUAUAAUGUCUGUGCCCAAUACAGCAUCUACCUUCAAACAUUCUGUUUGAAUUGUGCUACAAUCCACCUAGAGCUUCAUGGGAGAAAGUCAGGAUCUUAAAGGUGAGGCGUUAGCCCUGAAUUGGACUAUUUGUCUUCCACGAAAUGCCUUCUAUGUUGUUUUAAAAUACGAAACUACUAGACUUUGUCCAUAGCACUCUGAAAAGACUGAAGUUGGGGGAGUGGAGGCUGGUGAUUUGAAACCUGCUUUUAUUUGUGUAAAAAGUACUGGGUUGAGUCCUCUGGGGGAUGUGAAAGAAGUGAGAUAUGGCUAUUGUUUGCAGGAACUUUCAGUCAAUUAGAAAAUAUAAGCAUGUGCACAUGUAGAUGUAAAAUACAGAAUUCAAUGAAUUACAGAGCCCCGAGAAGCCAGAGAUUACAUUCAGCUGUGGGGGAAUGGAAGGAAGUUUCAUUUAAGUUAGGCUUGAAGCAAGAGGUAGGAAAUAAACAGGUGGAUCCCCAAGGAAAGGUGUGUUCCAGGUAGAGGAAACAGACUGAGCAAAUACACAGAGGUGGAAGAGCAGAGCACAUGUUCAGGAAAGAGACAGAUGUCUAGUUUGGAGCUGCAGCAGGAGCAACUGGAAUAUGGUUGGCACGGUAGGUUGGGUCCAAAUUGAAGAGGGUUUGGGAUAUCAGAUUCCAGAGUUUAUUUGGUAGGUCAUGGAGUGCGAUGGAAGGUUUCUUAGUAGAGGGUCUGUGUGACCUGAUCAGAGUCAAGUACUUUGGUAAGCUAAAUUAGACAUUGGUUGAGCUGCCACCAUGGGUAAAAGCAUUGUGCUCAGGGUUAUGGAAAAUUAACCUGGCAGCAGUGGAGAAGGAUUGAUGGGAGAUGGAGUGGGGAGAGGAGGCAAGUGAGAGGUAAUGAGGACCCAGACAAAGGUGGUAUCCGAGAUAACAGGGAGAAGAGGAUGAGUGUAAAAGAUCAUUUGUAAUGGUGGAAGGAUGGUCAGAGAAGGAAUGAAGCCAAGGAGAUGGGGAGGAAGGUGGAAAAUGAGGGGGAGUAAGAUUUCCAAGCUAACACUUCCCAGCAAGUAGGAGGCACAAUCACCUGGGGAAAAUAAGGGAGCCAGAUGGGCCAGGCCAGUUAAAGAAGAUGGAAAAGAAUGGAAACCAGUUCUGUGGGCAAUACAAUAGUAGGUGAUCAGAGAUAAAUAAAAAGACUGCCAAGCAAGAUGGUGGAUUGGAGAAUAGAAUGCUAUCUUGGAAGCAAUUAGCCUGUUUCUGUGACUUUUUCCAGCUGGGUAUGGAGAUGGGUUUGUUUAUCCAGAUAAAGGCAACACAUUAACGUCCUUAUUAUAUCCACCUACCUUAUAUAAUUAACAGGAGGGAUGAUCUCAAGCUGGCAUAGACAUUUAAAUGCAAGGGAUGACAAGUUCAUUGCAAAUUACCUUUUGGCAUUUUCCAUUUCAUUGCAAGAACUCAUCAUUCUUAAAUGUAAUGAUGAUGAAUAUUCAUCCAAAAAUGGAAAGUCUGGGUUAUAUGCAGAUUUUUUUUACUAUCACCUUUUAUUCAUAUUUUGUACCUUCAGCAUGAUAAGAAAUGAAGCACAUUGGAAGACUGGCAAACCUAGUUAUGGCUCAGUUUAUUUAGCGUGUUUACAAUGUACAUGAAUAGAUGCAUAUCUUUUUUUUUACCUUCCUUCCUUUUUUAUCUUACCUUCCAUCUUAGAAUCAAUACUGUGUAUUGGUUCCAAGGCAGAAGAGCAGUAAGGGUUAGGCAAUGGGGAUUAAGUGAUUUGCUCAGGGUCACCCAGCUGGGAAGUGUCUGUGGCCAGAUUUGAACCCAGGACCCUCCCAUCUCUGGGCUUGGCUCUCAAUCCACUGAGCUACCCAGCUACUCCCCACAUAUUCUUUUGUAUGAUGGAAAAACAAGUUUUAAAUCCACCUUCACUGUGAGCUUUUUUUAUAUGGAAGAUUUUUAUGUAAAUUGCUUCUUUAAAAUUCCAGUCCUGUAAAUAUCUUGGAAUAGCUUCUCACAUAAAGGAUGGACAUGCUAUUGACUCCCAAGAAAGCUAUUUGGGAGAAAUAUAUUUUGAAAUGAAAAGAGCAGCAUUCUUGUUUUUACUUAAGUAUCCUCUUCUCUGUGCCCCAUUUCAAGUGCUGCAGAUAUGGUGCAAGAUAAAUGUGAAGUUACCACUGAGCUUUCAAUAUACCGUAUGCCCUAGUGCUGCAGUUACCUUUUUUUUUAAGCAUUUGCUGCACUUUGGUAGAAGUGUAUAGUAGAUUUUUUUAAAAACUAUAUAAAUAUUUUAAAUAAAACUAAGCCGCAAAACUGUUAAAAGUCUAAAUCUGAAAACGGGCUUCACAGUUCUGAUUCAUUGAUGGGUAUGAAUGAUUGUAAAGACCUCUGAUUACAAUGGCUUCCAUAUCUAAAUACAUUUUAAUCUAAGUAUUUAGAACAAUAUUCCUGGAUUGUGGGUUCAUUUCAGAAACGAAUUGUAUUUGACAGAUGAGUGAGAUAUAUUAAAGAUGUUUGGGACAAUC